AUGGCCAACUCAUCACAAAAAAAGAUUGCUCAUGAGAACACAAAGACCCUUCUCUCCCUCCGCAAAGGGUUCAUUUGGGUCAACGCGUUCUAUAUCUUCUACAGGAUCGUCUACCACUGGAGCUCAUUUGGAUUCAAACUCGCAGCGGGAUACACCAUCACCGCUGGAUUGACCUUCUUCCUCUACAGCCAGAUUAACGCCAUGUCCCAGCCUCGCUACAACAACAGGGGCGAACUUGCCGAUGCCGGCCAGGAUCUCUCCCAGGAGGGUCUCGUCCAGUACGCAUUUGAUAUUAUUUACGUUACUUGGUUCGUCCAUGUCGUCUCUGCCUUCUGGUCCAAAGCCUGGUGGUUCUACCUCGCCAUCCCUGCAUAUGCUGGAUACAAGGCAUGGCACUUGGCCAUCAAGCCCAUGUUGGGUCGCGGUGGAUUGGGUGGUGGCUUGGCUGGUAUUGGAGGAGAUGCUUCUGCAGCCUCGGGAAGUGGUGCCCCCGCCGAUGGUACAAAGUCCAAGAGACGUGAAAAGAUGGAGAAGCGUGCCGAGAAGGGACCCACUAUGAAGUACCGCUAA